AUGGAUUUCCCCAAUUGCACUGAAGGGGUGUUUUCCACAAGCAGCGGUGAUUAUGACUCACUGGAGACCACUAAACGCCCUCCCAGUAAGAUCCUGCUAACGCUGACCCUGUCUGUGGUGGCUAUCCUGACUACAUUCUUCAACUGCCUGGUGAUCACAGCUAUCGCAGUGACCCGCAAGUUGCACCACCCAGCCAACUACCUCAUCUGCUCAUUAGCAGUGACUGAUCUGCUGGUGGCUGUGUUGGUCAUGCCCUUCAGUAUCAUCUACAUCCAGAAAGAGAGCUGGGUCAUGGGCCAGGUGGUGUGCACCAUCUGGUUAAGUGUGGAUAUCACCUGUUGCACAUGCUCCAUCCUGCACCUCGCUGCAAUCGCCAUCGACCGUUACAGGGCCAUUACUGAUGCAGUGGAGUACUCUCGCAAACGCACAGGGGCCAGGGCUGGCGCGAUGGUGGCAGUGGUGUGGCUUUUGUCCAUCCUCAUCUCGCUUCCUCCUCUGCUGUGGCGGCACUACAGCGGGGAUGCAGACCACAAAGACCAGUGCAUCAUCAUCCACCAUCACAUGGCCUUCACCCUGUACUCCACCCUUGGAGCCUUUUACAUCCCCCUGCUGCUCAUCCUCAUCCUCUACUACAAAAUCUACCGGGCCGCUCAGACCCUCUAUAUGCGCAGGGAGGCCAGCCGAGCCAGCCGUCACUCAUGCAUGACCAAUGGGAGCAUGAUCCCCUCAUCCUACCCUGCUGGAGAUGGUGAUGCUGAUGAGGGGCCUCGAAGUCCGGAGCCCGUAAGCCCACCAGAGAAGUCUUUCUCUGAACCUUCGACUGAGGAACCUCUGCGCGAACGAGUACGUGUUUCGGUGAAGCCUUUCCAGUGCAAGUCGCGUCGGUAUGAGUCGCGUAGCGAGUCACGUAGCGAGUCACGUCGGAGCCAACUUUACCAAGGACCUCGCAUCUCUGGCUCGCGGGAGCGCAAAGCGGCAUCCACGUUGGGGUUGAUAAUUGGCGCUUUUGUCAUCUGUUGGUUGCCAUUUUUUGUCAAGGAGGUGAUCGUGAACACCUGCAGUGCUUGCAGUACUUCAGUGGAGAUGGCUGACUUUCUGACGUGGUUGGGCUAUCUCAACUCGCUGAUCAACCCCCUCAUCUACACCAUCUUUAAUGAAGACUUCAAAAAAGCUUUCCAAAGUCUCGUUAGGUGCAAUCAGUACCUCUGAUGGUUGCAAUGAUACACGGUCAUGCCAAUACACCAUCUAAUGUACACACAUAACAGGGAGGCGACAAACUAAUAGCUGGAGGAGGUCAGAGAAUACUGACUGAAUACUGAUUUUGGUGUGCUUGAGUAUCAUCUCACAGAGGAAAGGAUUGACACAC